AUGGAUUCUCCCAAUUCCCUCUAUCGAGAUGAAUUUUCCGUUAGGGUUUCGCGGUGGCCGAUGGAAAUCAUGGCGGUUCGACCAAGCGGUGUUCGGCGUUAUAAUAGGUCGAAAAUGCCUCGAUUGAGAUGGACACAGGAUCUUCAUCAAUGCUUCGUCCACGCCGUCGAGCGACUUGGUGGAGAAGACAGAGCAACUCCAAAAAUGGUACUGGAGUUGAUGAAUGUGAAGGGAUUAACAAUAACUCACGUAAAGAGUCACCUUCAGAUGUACAGGAGCGCCAAGCAUGAGCUGAUGUUACAAGAAGCAAAAACAGAAGUAGAAGCUGCGGGCAGGAACAUUAAUGUGCAAUCCCCUCGUUUGCACAAUACAGCUCCCUUCAAUUCCCAGCAAACAAACCAUCAGCAAUAUUACUGCCAUGGAUUCAUUAGUAACAACAUGAUCCACAAUGAAAAUCAUGGGACUCGUUACGAUUUGGAGAUUGGCCCAAGAGCCACCACCAAACCAGAAAUAUGGAAAGAACUCCAACAGAAAUCAGAUGAAAGGAACGGUUUUCGCCCAUUAUCAUACUCCAAUGUAACAACACAAGGAUAUGGACAUGGAUUCAAUGUUUCGACUUCUAUCAUGCUCAAGGGCAUUUUGAGCAGCUCCAAUUCUCAAGGUGUUGAGGAGAAACAAAUAUCGGCAGCAGUGCACGAUGAGAACAGUUUAAAGUGGCUUCCAAAUUCAAUGGUAGAAGACUCUGUGGGUACUUUGCCUUUGAAAUUAGCUUUAGAAUCAACGGUUUCCACCGACUGUGCCAAUGAUGUUUCGCUCGAGCUAACUCUUGCUUAA